AUUGCAAUGGCGGCGGCAGCGACGGGUUCUAAUGGGUUAACGGGUCCAUUGGGAGGUAAGCUCAAAAGGGUCGAUGUAGGAAUUGGAUUUGUGGAGUUACAGAGGAAGAGAAGAAGGGUUUUUGGUGUGAAGUGUUGUUGUUCGGGUUCUGUGGUACCAAUUAGAGGGAUUAAUGGGUGUGUUGAGAAAUGCGAGAACUGUAGAUUUGAUAGUAAGAAGAGUAGUCAUAGUUAUCGGGUUAAAGUGCAGGCUUCUUCUUCUUCUACUAUGCCGUUUGCAUCUCCAAAAUCCCGAUUUGCUUCAAAGCAAGAACAGUUCUUCCCACGCUGCACUCCAAGAAAUUCAGGCCCUCAAUCUCAUGACUCUCCACCAAAACGAGACACUGGUAUUGCUAACGAGAAAGAGUGGGGUAUCGAUAUGCUAAACGAGAAUGUCAAUGAAUCUGGGACUAACGAAGAUGGUAGUACUUGGUAUCGAAAGAGCGGAGAAAACAGUGGUGAAAAUGGAUACCGAUGCCGAUGGACCAAAAUGGGUGGGAAGAGCCAUGAUGGUGCUUCAGAAUGGAAAGAAAUGUGGUGGGAAAAAAGUGACUGGACUGGUUACAAAGAAUUAGGCGUAGAAAAAUCCGGGAGAAAUGCUGAAGGAGACUCAUGGUUGGAAACGUGGCAGGAAGUUCUUCAUCAAGAUGAGUGGAGCAAUUUAGCUAGGAUAGAGAGGAGUGCACAAAAACAAGCAAAAUCGGGUACAGAAAAUGCUGGGUGGUAUGAGAAUUGGUCAGAAAAGUAUGAUGCAAAGGGUUGGACAGAGAAAGGAGCCCACAAGUACGGUAGACUGAAUGAACAGUCGUGGUGGGAAAAAUGGGGAGAGGAAUAUGAUGGAAGAGGAUCUGUCCUUAAAUGGACAGAUAAGUGGGCAGAAAGUGAAUUGGGAACAAAAUGGGGAGAUAAAUGGGAGGAGAAAUUUUUCGCUGGCAUUGGUUCACGGCAAGGGGAGACUUGGCAUGCAUCACUCAGCAGCGAAAGGUGGUCAAGGACAUGGGGAGAGGAGCACUUUGGAAAUGGCAAGGUACACAAAUAUGGCAAAAGCACAACUGGUGAAAGCUGGGACAUGGUUGUGGAUGAAAAAACGUACUACGAGGCUGAGCCUCACUACGGGUGGGCAGACGUGGUAGGUGAUUCAAGUCAGUUAUUCUCUAUACAACCUCGAGAACAACCUCCUGGUGUGUAUCCAAACAUUGAUUUUGGGUCAUCUGUGCCUCCAGACGAUGAAUCCCCUCCAACUAGAUGAUUUCUUCCCAGCAAUACUGGAGAGAGAUAGUAGGUAUGUUGGUAUAGUCGUGACAUAUGUGCAAUUUGGCAUGAACACCAUCGUAAGUCUCCUCCAACUUCUUCACAGUGACAACGCGUCAUCUCAUUCAUCAAGAUUGAUUCUCAAGAUAGCUAGCUAGUUUACAUUUUUUUUCGAAAUUUAGUUGUAAUCUUUAGCUAGUUGCUACUGUUAGUUUAUUUCAUUCUUUCAGCAUUGUGGUAUUUGCAUUGUUUUUUUGUAUGUUUGACAUGUUCUAGAGGUCCUUUUGGAUCUCUCAAGUCAAAAUUUUGACACUUCUUCGUUCAACUCUCUCAGUGGCUUUUCCAUUCUCAAAGAAUCUUGCAUUAUCGAUUUCAA